AUGUCUAUUACUCCACCGUGCCUAAACCUUUUUUUUUUAUUUUUACUUCUCUCUCUUUAUUUCUUCGUCAUCUCUUUACGUCUAUCUUUCUCUUUCUCCUCUCCUUAUCUUCUUAGCUUUCUCUUUCUCCUCUCCUUAGUCUUCUUAGCUUUCUCUUUCUCCUCUCCUUAUCUUCUUAGCCUUCUCUUUCUCCUCUCCUUAGUCUUCUUAGUCUUUUCCUCUCCUUAUCUCUCGCUGCUUUCUCUUUCUCCUCUCCUUAGUCUCUCUUGCUUUCUCUUUCUCCUCUCCUUAGUCUCUCGCUGCUUUCUCUUUCUCCUCUCCUUAGUCUCUCGUUGCUUUCUCUUUCUCCUCUCCUUAGUCUCUCGCUGCUUUCUCUUUCUCCUCUCCUUACCUUCUCUUUCUCCUCUCUUAAUGCUUUCUCUUUCUCCUCUCCUUAGUCUCUCCUUCUUUUCUCUUUCUCCUCUCCUUAGUCUCUUGCUGCUUUCUCUUUCUCUCCUUAUCUCUUCUCUUUUCUCCUCUCUCCUUAGUCUCUCGCUGCUUUCUCUUUCUCCUCUCCUUGUCUCUUUCUUUCUCUUUCUCCUCUCCUUAUCUCUCGCUGAUUUUCUUUCUCCUCUCCUUAGUCUCUCGCUGCUUUCUCUUUCUCCUCUCCUUAGUCUUCUUAGCCUUCUCUUUCUCCUCUCCUUAGUCUCUCGCUGCUUUCUCUUUCUCCUCUCCUUAGUCUCUCGCUGCUUUCUCUUUCUCCUCUCCUUAGUCUCUCGCUGCUUUCUCUUUCUCCUCUCCUUAGUCUCUCGCUGCUUUCUCUUUCUCCUCUCCUUAGUCUCUCGCUGCUUUCUCUUUCUCUUUCUCCUUAUUCUUCUUAGCUAUCUGUUAUCUUUCUCUGUCUCAUCUUUUUCUUCUCUCCAAUUACUUUCUUCCUAUUCUCUAAUUCUUCAACGCUCGUUACGACGUCUUUCUUUUUUAUUCCCUUCAUCUUUAACGUCAUUUUUCAGCCUCUACCUCGCCUUCCUCAUCCGAUCGGCAGGUGGCCCACUAGAGAUUGUAUCUCAAACAACCAAGUUAAUAGCCACAAUUGUCCUGUCUGUUGAAUAA